AUGUCGAGGGUGUUGAACCAUGUGCGUUCGGCGGAGCUCUCACCAUCAAAGAGAAGAGCAACGGGAAUGUCUUCGUCGACAGCUCCUGCUGCUUCUGCUUCAUCAUCAUCAUCAUCUUCUUCUUCUUCUUCUUCGAGUAGCACCGUGACCCGUAAACGACGCAAUGAGGCGAGCACAGCUGAUUCGAAGCGCGCCAAGGAAGACGAGAAGGAGAAUCUUCUUCGACAGUCUGCUUCGAAGUCGCCUGUUGAGGAGAAAAAGUCCGAACGCAAAUCGCCACGAAAGCAUCGCCAAUCAGAUCAAUCGUCGGAACCGACGCCAUCCCCCAGAAAAACAUCAGAACCCACCGCAUCCCCUAAGAAAUUGUCGGAACCGACGUCUUCGCCGAAGAAAACAUCUGAAUUGACGCCAUCACCGAGAAAAGCAUCUGAAUCGAAGUCAUCAUCAAAGAAGGCCUUGGAGGCGACGAUGGCAGCGUCACGAAGGAAGCAGAACUAUCCGAAGAAAUUUGACCCAAAGGAAAGGGAAGCAAAAUUGAAGAAGACUGAUGAUUUAGUGAAACUGUAUAUGCGUGGAGCUGCCACUAGAAGCUCCGCAUUCCUGCGUCGCUCACUUAGGAAAGUUACUGCUAAGAAAAAUCAGAAGACUAUCACCUCACAUGCUAUUGUUAAAUUUUAUGUCUCAUUUGUCAGUAAAAGUGGAAACGUCUCAGUGGUUGAUGGUGGAUUCGCUGAGUGCCCGUGCUUCAAAAGUCUCGAGGAAAAAUUAACCGAUUGUCAGUUAUCUCGACUUGGUUUCAUCAAGUUGAGGCAAUUCACGCCGGACGCUGAAAUGCUGCGCGAUGCGAGAGAGGUCUACCUCAUUUUUGUAGUUUCGCGAUUCAUCGAAAAAGGAAUUCAUGAGAUGACAUUGAAAGGAAAACGUACACGACAUAUGCAGUUGAAGGCGAAUGACAAGAAAAACGAUGAGCCAAUAGAAUAUGUUGAAGUCAAAAAAUAUGGAUGUCGCAGAUUGGCGUACAUCGAAAGGAGAGACGCGAAACUGCGUAUGAACGACGGUGUGUGCAACACGACCCUAAUGGAAGACGGCUUUCAAAACAUCAAUUUGGAGAGCGGAGAAUGGAUGACGAAAUUGGAGCAUUUGCGCGCUAUUAAUCUGCCCAAUGAAAAUCAUUCGGACAGCUUGUAUCCUCGUGUUUUGUAUUCGAUAUUGGAUCAACAACGCGAUUCGACAUUUGCUUCGCCGAAAUCGCCACGACGUCGGCAGCACGUCAAGCCGCUGUCGGGGACGGUGAAAAAGACUGAGAUUGAGGGCCGAGGGCACUAUGGAAACGACUUCGGCGUGGCAUUGGAAGCUUCGAAGGCUAUGGAGACGGAUGAUGGAUCCGAACUCGCAAUCAUCUCUCUCCAAAGCCGUUCCUCCGAUCCGAUGAAAUGCCCAUUCACUGGUGUAAGUUUUAUAACGCAUCCAGCGCUCGUUGCACAUUUAGAGAGGCGAUAUCCAUGCUUUUCGUUUUCUGUGAAGAACGACGAUGAUUCGCCGCAUCUCUUUAUUCGAGAGAAUGACAAAUAUUGUGAAAUCGCUGAAAAUCACGACAUGACCAAACCAUUCUUCUUUUUCAAACGUCGAAAGGAUAAUAAGUUGAGUGGUCUGAAAGGGCAUCAGUAUUCUGGCGUCGAUAUCGCGGAUGACAUUGAAGAGAAUGAGAAAAAAGGAUUUUCGCAUUAUCGCUCUAUCAAAUAUGUGGAGAGAAAAAGUGAAAAUGGGACGAUUGCUCAUGUUCCAUGCGAAAACUCACACGCUCUAAAUGAUAUUUGGACUCGACGAAUGGCGAUGCGCGCCACUAUCAAAGGCGAUUUGGAUGCGAGUGGCGAAUUUCAGAUUUAUAAUUUUGAGCUGACAAAAGACCGAGUCGAUUUCCACAACAAUCGUCUGUGCAACGCUAUGACUGAACUGAUGAAGCUGUCGACGAAGCCAAAGAGGGGAAAGAAGCGCGGACGAAGGCCGAUGAAUCAGUUUUGUUUAUCGGAGACCCCGAGCACGAGCUCGAAAACUGAAACUCCUGGCGAGAAGCUUGAAACUCCUGCGGUGAACGGUGGCACGGUCGUCGAUAAUGAAGGCAAUCCGAUUCCGACGUCUUGUUUGAUCAUCUUUCCUUAUAAGGAGCGGCUCACAUAUAAUAUUUUGCUUCGUCGCUUUUAUGCCGAUAUUGGUUAUAGAGUGGGAAACACUGGAAUCGAAAGAAGAUUUAUACUUAUGAUGGCCGACAUUGUAAUUGACAAGCAUUUUCUGACAACUCAACGAUUCCCGUUCGUCUCGAGACCCGCCAUGAUUGCCGAAUAUUCGGUGACGAAAGACAGAGAUGUGAAAAUUGGAAGAAUGGAUGCUCGUUCAUUGUACAACGAUGUAUUCGUUAAAAAGUCGGAGUCAUUCUGCUAUGAUCUUGAUAUUGGAUAUGAAACAUUCGAUGCGAAAGAAGGCGAAGAAAAACUCGAGAUUUUGUUGAAGUGGAUCGAAAAAAUGGCUCCAGAAGGCGGACGACUCCGAAAAGUGAUUCAUGAAGCCGAGUUUGUGUGCUGGCGAGGGCUCUUGACACGAAUUGGGGUUACGGUAUACGAUUCGCAAGAAUCGUGGAGAUUUCGCGCGAUUCGCAAGAAAGGCGUCAUAUUUCUUUGCGAAGAAGCCACUGAAGCCAAAAUUGCGAGAGAGAAAAACGCAAGCGAUCGCGAGAAGCACAUGGCGUAUUGGGGACACAAGUUCGAGCAGUAUUUGACUGUGGCGGAUGGACAGGAGCAACCGAUCACAGAUGUUCCGGUCUCGACGCGAGAGGAAUUCGCGUCAGUCGUCCGAACGAGUCUUCAAGGAGCGGGUCCCGACGCGAAACACCUCGAAUUGUUGUAUUCGGCGGAAAUCGACUGCCUUGAUAGUGACGGAAAAUAUGUGGAGCUGAAGACGCACAAAGGCGACCUUCAAGGAUGGUUUUGGACGAGCUCGAAAAGUCUAAAAUGGUGGAUGCAGUCGUUUUUGGUGGCGAUUGACACCAUUGUGGUGGGACACCGAAACGAUCAUGGCCACGUGAAAAAGGUGUCGAAAAUGCGCGUGGAGGACCUCCAGAAACACUCGAAAUGGUAUGGCGGAGCAUGUGUUCGGUUUGUCUCGAUUGUGCUCACAACAGUUCGGGAGCAAUUGGCUCAAGAGGGCUCGGCUUGUGUUGUCGAGUAUAACGGCGAUGCGAAGAAUGGAGUCCGAGUGAGAAGAGUCUCGCCGGACACCUGUGAUUUUGUGCCCGAAUCGUUUUUGCAAAAAUUUGUCUAA